CAAGAAAUAAUAUCUGCAGCAUUUCCCUCAUGGCUUCUCUUCAGCUCUGGAAGAAAAUCGCUGCACCGCUAUCUUCGAACGGUCGUAUGUGGAAGAUGGCUUGCACAACGCCGUUUUCAUCUGGCGCUGAGAGCUCUGGUUCGAUAAAGCCAGAGAAAGUGAAAGUGGAGAAGAUGAAGGUGUUUCAGAAGCUGAAGUCUCUUAGGGUUGAGACCAUAGAUCUCAUCAUAAGGGAAGAAGAGAAGAAGGGCGUUUUUGUAGAUCAGGAGGAUCUUUUCAGGUGGGCCAAACUUCUUAAGAACCACAAGCCUGAAAACUCCCUUGAGAUCUUUAGGUGGAUGGAUAAAAAGAAGAUGGUGUUUUCUCCCUCCCAACUUGAGCUUUUUGUGGAUCUUCUGGGCGAGCUUAAAGGAGCAGAAGCGGCUUUAGCCUACUUUGACAAAGUAGAGCCAAAUUUCGAUGAGAUGGACGCUGAAGCCAAAAACCGCCCUGCUUACUUGAAGCUCUUGUAUUGGUUCCGGGUUAAAGAAGAGAGUCAGACUUCGGGGGCAAGAACACAUGUUCUCAAGUUCCCUAAGUGUGAUGAUAAUUGGAAUGUUCUCAAGUGAAUUUAGUUCUUUCAAGCUGUUUGGUGUGUGUUUUAAAACUUUUAAUGAAUGAAGCAGGACUGGAAACAAUCAUAAUAAUCUUUUGCUCUGGAAAACUAAUUCUUUAAGUUAUUGUAUCUCUUCUGUUUAGUCCUUAUAAAUAUUAAUUUUUCAUGUUACAAUA